CUGCAAACAUUUUCCAGCACGCGUAACCCUUGAGCGAAACAAAGUCAGACUUAAUUCGUUCGCGAACGCGUACGGUUCGUCAUGCAAGUGCUGCCCAAAUAGCAACAACAACAACAACAAUAAAACGUCAAGUGCAAAACUGAAAACAACAACAAUAAAGUUGUUAACAAUGCAAGUGCUUUAAAGUGAGCCAAAAACUAAGUGCAAUAAAGGAAUUGUGUGCAAAGGAGUUUACAUAAAUAUAUUAAAUUUAGCUGCGUUAGCUAAGCACAAAUACAGCAGCUCAAGAUGUCGUCGGUUAAGGUAGCGGUGCGUGUGCGCCCCUUUAACUCGCGCGAAAUCUCAAGGGAGUCGAAAUGCAUUAUAGAAAUGAGUGGAGGCACUACAACGGCCAUAACCAAUCCAAAAGUGCCGCCCAACACAAGCGACUCGGUCAAGCGCUUCAACUUUGAUUACUCCUAUUGGUCACAUGAUCCACACGAUGCGGACUUUUCUACACAAUCCAUGGUGUACAAGGAUAUUGGCGAGGAAAUGCUGCAGCAUUCGUUUGAUGGCUACAAUGUUUGCAUUUUUGCUUAUGGCCAAACUGGUGCGGGCAAGUCGUAUACCAUGAUGGGUCGCCAGGAGGAGCAGCAGGAGGGCAUUAUACCUAUGAUAUGCAAAGAUUUGUUUGGACGCAUACAAGAAACUGAAACCGAUGAGCUAAAGUAUUCGGUGGAAGUGUCCUAUAUGGAAAUUUAUUGCGAGCGCGUGCGCGAUCUAUUGAAUCCCAAGAACAAGGGCAAUCUACGCGUGCGUGAGCAUCCUCUACUGGGUCCUUAUGUGGAGGAUUUAAGCAAACUAGCAGUUACUGAUUAUCAAGACAUACACGAUCUCAUUGAUGAGGGCAACAAGGCGCGCACUGUUGCCGCCACUAACAUGAACGAGACCAGCUCACGCUCGCAUGCUGUGUUCACCAUAUUCUUUACUCAACGCCGACAUGAUACAAUGACAGAUUUGUUUACUGAAAAGGUAUCCAAAAUAAGUCUAGUGGACUUGGCUGGCUCGGAGCGCGCUGAUUCAACUGGCGCCAAGGGCACGCGGCUUAAGGAGGGCGCCAACAUUAACAAAUCGCUAACUACGUUGGGCAAAGUUAUUUCUGCUUUGGCAGAAGUUUCUGCCAAUAAGAAGAAAGCCAACUCCAAGAAAGACUUUAUACCCUAUCGUGACUCAGCCUUAACUUGGCUGCUGCGUGAAAAUCUUGGCGGCAAUUCCAAAACAGCCAUGAUAGCUGCCAUUUCGCCAGCUGACAUUAACUACGAUGAAACUCUAAGCACACUACGCUAUGCGGAUCGUGCUAAGCAAAUUGUUUGCAAGGCUGUCGUCAAUGAGGAUGCCAAUGCCAAACUCAUACGCGAGCUUAAGGAGGAAAUUCAAAAGCUGCGCGAUUUACUCAAAGCCGAGGGCAUUGAAGUUCAAGAGGAGGAUGAACUCAACAAGGGCUCAGUUAUCAAGUCGCCCAGCAAGGGACGCAAUCGCAAUGGCUCCACUACGGAAAUGGCAGUGGAUCAGCUGCAGGCAAGCGAGAAGCUAAUUGCAGAAUUGAAUGAAACCUGGGAGGAGAAACUGAAGCGCACUGAGGAGAUUCGCUUGCAACGUGAGGCAGUGUUUGCUGAAAUGGGCGUGGCUGUUAAGGAGGAUGGCAUAACUGUGGGCGUAUUUUCGCCUAAGAAAACUCCACAUUUGGUAAAUCUGAACGAGGAUCCCAAUUUAUCCGAGUGUUUGUUGUACUACAUAAAGGAUGGACUUACGCGUUUGGGCACGCAUGAGGCAAAUGUGCCGCAGGAUAUACAGCUAAGUGGCUCGCAUAUAUUGAAGGAGCACUGCACGUUUGAGAAUCGCAAUAAUUCGGUUACAUUAAUGCCGCACAAGGAUGCAAUUAUAUUUAUAAAUGGACGCAAGCUAGUGGAGCCUGAAGUGCUGCGCACUGGCUCACGCGUUAUUCUAGGCAAGAAUCAUGUAUUUCGCUUUACCAAUCCGGAGCAGGCGCGUGAGCUGCGCGACAAAAUAACCGAGAAUGAGGAGAAUGAAAACGAGGAGCAGGAAAAGGCGGAUACACAGCAAGUGGAUUGGAAUUUUGCGCAGUGCGAGCUGCUGGAGAAACAGGGAAUUGAUUUGAAAGCGGAGAUGAAGAAGCGCUUGGAUAAUUUGGAGGAGCAAUAUAAGCGUGAGAAGCUGCAGGCAGAUCAGCAGUUUGAGGAGCAGCGCAAGAACUACGAAGCGCGCAUCGAUGCGCUGCAGAAGCAAGUGGAGGAGCAGUCCAUGACCAUGUCUAUGUAUAGCAGCUACUCGCCUGAGGACUUUCAUCAGGAAGAGGAUGUUUACACUAAUCCUUUGUAUGAAUCCUGCUGGACAGCACGUGAGGCUGGGCUGGCUGCAUGGGCGUUUCGCAAAUGGCGCUAUCAUCAGUUUACAUCGCUGCGUGAUGAUCUUUGGGGCAAUGCCAUAUUCCUUAAGGAAGCCAAUGCUAUAUCUGUAGAGCUCAAAAAGAAGGUGCAAUUCCAAUUUACGCUGUUGACCGACACUUUGUACUCACCGCUGCCACCAGAGCUGGCGGCCAGCGUCUCACCAGUGCAGCCCGAUGAUGAAUAUGGCGCACCGCCUGUAUCCAAAACGCUGGUUGCGGUUGAAGUAACCGAUACUAAGAAUGGCGCUACGCAUCAUUGGUCGCUGGAGAAGCUACGCUAUCGCCUCGAGCUGAUGCGUCAGGUGUACAAUGUCGAGAGCCCACCAUCUUCCAUGCUAUUCGAUACAUCUAGCAUUGAUGGAUUUAGCCACACUGAGACGCCACAGCAGCUGCUGCUACUGGAUACCUCAGCCGCCGACGCAUUGCAGCCGCAGACGCCACAGGCAGCGCCAGUGCGCUUGACAUUGGCCAAUCUUGUACCUUCUAGACAACGCUUGGAGCUAAUGCGUGAAAUGUAUCACAAUGAGGCGGAGCUAAGUCCUACCUCACCGGACUACAAUGUGGAGAGUCUAACAGGCGGUGAUCCGUUCUAUGAUCGUUUUCCUUGGUUCCGCAUGGUGGGACGCUCGUUUAUUUAUCUUAGCAAUUUGCUGUAUCCUGUGCCGCUGGUGCAUAAGGUGGCCAUUGUUAAUGAGCGUGGCGAUGUGCGUGGCUAUUUGCGCAUAGCAGUGCAGCCUGUGCUCGAUGAGGAGUCCAUUGACUUUAACAAUGGCGUUAAGCAGUCGGCGCGCUUGGUAUUCAACGAAGACGAUGCCAAGCCCAAGUAUCGCGCACUCAAUGAAAAGGACGAUGUGCAGCGCUAUAUAGACAAUGGUGGAUUGGACAGCAAGCUGGAGGAACUCGAAGACGCCGACUCUGGUCGUGGCAUUGAUUCCAACUCUGCUUCGGAAUGUCAGGAGCAUACCGAUGAGCCUGGCGAGCAUUUGCAGCUGGGCAAGGAGUUUACUUUUCGCGUUACUGUGCUGCAGGCUACUGGCAUUGGUGCUGAAUACGCCGAUAUAUUCUGUCAGUUCAACUUUUUGCAUCGUCAUGAGGAAGCUUUCUCCACAGAGCCAGUCAAGAACUCUGCUUCAGGCGCACCACUUGGCUUCUAUCAUGUGCAAAACAUCACUGUGCCUGUCACCAAGUCGUUUAUUGAAUAUUUGAAAACUCAACCGAUUAUGUUUAAAAUCUUUGGUCAUUAUCAAACGCAUCCAUUGCACAAGGAUGCCAAGCAGGAGUUUGUCUCUCGUCCACCACCAAGACGCAUGCUGCCACCAAGCAUACCCAUAAGUCAGCCAGUGCGCAGUCCCAAGUUCGGACCGCUGCCCUGUCCGCCAUCAUCCACAGUCUUGGCGAAGCAUGAUGUGCUGGUGUGGUUCGAGAUUUGUGAACUAGCACCCAAUGGCGAAUAUGUGCCAGCGGUUGUGGAGCACAGCGAUGAUUUGGCUUGCCGUGGACUAUUUCUGCUGCAUCAGGGCAUACAGCGGCGCAUACGCAUGACCAUUGUGCAUGAGCCAACGCCUGAGGUUAAAUGGAAGGACAUUAAUGAGCUGGUCGUUGGACGCAUACGCAAUACGCCAGAGUCGUCGGAUGAGCAGGACGAAGACGCUUGUGUGCUGUCGUUGGGUCUAUUUCCAGGCGAGGUGCUGGAGGUGCCCGGCGAUGAUCGCUCGUUCUAUCGCUUUGAAGCUGCCUGGGACUCCAGUUUGCAUAACUCGGCUUUACUCAAUCGCGUCUCCCAAGCUGGUGAGACUAUAUACAUUACGCUAAGCGCUUAUCUAGAGCUGGAGAACUGCGCUCGCCCUGCUAUUAUAACCAAAGAUCUCAGCAUGGUUAUCUAUGGACGCGAUGCGCGCACUGGACCGCGCUCACUCAAACAUCUCUUCUCUGGACAAUAUCGCAAUCCGGAGGCCAAUCGCCUUUCGGGCGUCUACGAGCUAUCGCUGCGCAGAGCAUCCGAAGCAGGUAGUCCAGGUGUGCAGCGUCGUCAGCGUCGUGUGCUGGACACCAGUUCCACCUAUGUGCGUGGCGAGGAGAAUCUGCAUGGCUGGAGGCCACGCGGCGAUUCGCUUAUCUUUGAUCAUCAAUGGGAGCUGGAGAAGUUGACACGUCUGGAGGAGGUAGGACGCAUGCGUCAUUUGCUGCUGCUGCGCGAACGCCUGGGAAUGGACACCAAUCCCAAUCCGACCACCAAAACCGAAAAGGAUGUUUGCAAUUUGGCCGCACGUGCUGCUACCUCGCCCGUACACAUGGUCAUACCACAGUCGCCACAAACUCCCGUCAAGGAUGCGCAGCAAAUGUUGCCAGAGCGCGAGUACAAUCAGCGCGAGCAGGAGCUCAUGCUCAAGUGCUUGAAACUGGUGCAAGGUCGCUAUAGCAAGAACGAGUCGAACGAUACACAAACCCAGUCGGAUGUAUCGCCUAGCGAUGAGGGCUGUGCUGACAUGACCGUUAGCUGCAUCUCCAGCAAUUCCAUGGAAAACAACAAAUAUAUAAUUCGACACAGAUUAUGCUCACCGGAUCGUUCGGAUGCGCCCAAUGGCUGGGAGGCACCAGCGCCAGCAACACAACCAGCGCUGCCUUUGCGUUUGUAUGUGCCAGAGCUGGAGGAAAUACGCGUGAGUCCUGUGGUAGCACGCAAGGGAUUGCUGAAUGUGCUGGAGCAUGGUGGCUCAGGCUGGAAGAAGCGCUGGGUGAUUGUGCGACGUCCUUAUGUGUUUAUCUAUCGCUCGGAGAAGGAUCCGGUGGAGCGAGCUGUUUUGAAUCUGGGCACAGCGCAGGUGGAAUGCAGCGAAGAUCAGGCAGCUAUGGUUAAGAUACCCAAUACCUUUAGCGUCGUGACCAAGCAUCGCGGCUAUCUGCUGCAAACUUUGGGUGACAAGGAAGUGCACGAUUGGCUUUAUGCCAUUAAUCCACUGCUAGCGGGUCAAAUCAAAUCCCGCCUGGCGCGUCGCACUUUGGAGCCAGCAUCACAAACAGCUUCUCAAAUUCAAGCCAGCAAUGCUGUAAAUGUUGGCAAUGCGAAUAAAUGAGAUACAAUUACGAUGGAAUCCGUUUUGGUUUACUGAGACGCAGGCUAUGGCUGGCUGCAGCGCCUGAACUUGAUCAAGCGUCUAAAGCUGGCAACUAAUGAAUAGCAGGAUUCCAUCGCACACACACUAAGACACACACAUACACACAAAGCCCACACAACAAAUAAAAUGCAAAGCGUACGUAAUAAUUAAGUAGUACAACAAUGUUUAAACAAAUAUGCUUUCGUUUGUAAGUCUAAGUUAUAGUCUUCAAUUAUGCCAGGCUCUAAUUGCUAAUUGGUAUUAUGUAUUCCAUAUGUUUUGUAAAUAGUUUUCGGUUUAUUGAAUUGUAUAAACAAGCGUUAGUUAAUUUUUAUACAUUUCCAAAAAAUGCAAAUGCAAACAAAUAGUUUUUGAUUUCUCAAGUGAUAUUAUGUUGAAUAUAUUAGUGCUUAUGUUAACACACAUACAAACACACACACACACACACAGACAUUCACAUGUAUGCAUUUUAAACUUAA